CUGUCACGGUUGGAGGUGUGUGUUUACGUUUCCGCGAUGAAAAUUCGACCUCCGUAGAGGUUAUGUUUACGCGCGCCGCCAGGACGAUGCAUGUCUUUACGCGUUGAUCUCUUUAAAGACAACCUUGCGGGACGUCCGUGUGCUCCUGGAAACACAGUCCCGAUGAUAUUUCGAGGAUUCCACGAACUCUCCCUGGCAGCGGAUUGCACCAAUGAGCGUGACAACUUCGGCAAAACCCGGUAAAUGUGCGAAGUGUGUCGAGCCACAUCCAUCAUAAACAUAAUUCAUGCGGUAGUGUUCGUGUGAGGGGCCACCGAGAGUCCGCGGCGGUGGGUUUUCGAGAUGAGCUAUGAAUCUGGGUUGCCUGGUAGCCUGUGUCUUCGUCCUUCAGCUGCUCCAGCUUCCCUCAGUACUCUACGCACUACCUUCUGUCGUCAAAAUCGGUGCUAUAUUCACUCAUGACCAAAAGGAUAGCAGCACGGAGCUGGCCUUCAAGUACGCCGUUUACAAGAUCAACAAGGAGAAAAUUAUUCUGCCGAAGACCACGCUGGAGUACGAUAUUCAAUACGUGUCGAAAGAUGAUUCCUUCCACGCUUCUAAGAAAGCGUGCCAGCAGGUCAAGUAUGGCGUCCAAGCAGUCUUCGGGCCCUCGGAUCCGAUUUUGGGCCAGCACAUUCACAGUAUCUGCGACGCCCUCGACAUUCCACAUCUCGAGGCCAGGCUGGACCUGGACGCGGAGGCGAAGGAAUUCAGCAUCAAUCUCUAUCCCGCACAAAGUCUGCUCAACACCGCUUAUCAAGACGUCAUGGAGUUCCUCAAUUGGACCAAUGUGGCAAUCAUUUACGAAGACGACUACGGGUUGGUGAAGUUACGGGAGCUCGUGAGAUCACCUAAAAUCCGUGACAUCGAAGUCAAUCUCAGGCAGGCGGAUCCCGACUCGUACAGACAGGUCCUCUCGGAAAUGAAAAGCAAGGAAAUUCGAAAUCUAAUCGUGGACACCAGACCGGAGCACAUGCAUCAUUUUCUACGAAUGAUCCUGCAGCUGCAGAUGAAUGAUUACAAGUACCACUACCUCUUCACGACAUUCGAUAUCGAAACCUUCGACCUCGAGGAUUUCAAGUACAAUUUUGUCAAUAUCACUGCCUUUCGUUUGGUCGAUGCGGACGACCUCAGCGUACGCAGUAUCCUGAGGGACAUGGAACGCUAUCAGCCCGCGGGGAAUACGAUACUCAAUAAAUCGAGAAUCAUCCAGGCCGAACCGGCGUUAAUGUACGACAGCGUACAGGUGUUCGCGGUGGGAUUACGCACCCUGGAGCAAUCCCAUGCUUUAAGACCCGCCAAUAUCUCCUGCGAGCUCGAGCACCCCUGGGACGGCGGAUUAUCUCUCACCAAUUACAUCAACUCGGUCGAGAUGAAGGGAAUCUCCGGGCCCAUUGAAUUUAAAGAAGGCCGCAGAAUUCAGUUUAAAUUGGAUCUGUUGAAGCUGAAGCAACACUCGCUCGUCAAGGUAGGCGAGUGGCGUCCCGGUACCGGCGUCAACGUCACAGACGCCGCAGCCUUCUUCGAGCCCAGCAUCGGGAACGUAACUCUAAUCGUGAUCACUAUACUGGAGCAGCCGUACGUAAUGCUGAAGACCGGAGGGAAUUUCAGCGGGAACGCGCGCUACGAGGGCUUCUGCAUCGACCUGCUGAAGGAGAUAGCGCACAUGGUGGGCUUCACCUACAGGAUCGAGCUCGUACCGGACGGCAAGUAUGGCGUUUACGAUUACGAGACCGGCGAGUGGAACGGGAUAGUGCGCCAACUGAUGGACAAGAAAGCUGACCUCGCAGUCGGCUCGAUGACGAUCAACUAUGCACGCGAGAGCGUCAUCGACUUCACAAAGCCGUUCAUGAAUCUGGGCAUCUCGAUCCUCUUCAAGGUGCCAACCAGCCACCCGGCACGGCUCUUCUCCUUCAUGAAUCCACUGGCGAUCGAGAUCUGGCUGUACGUCUUGGCGGCUUACGUUCUGGUGUCGGUGACGAUGUUCGUCGUAGCACGGUUCAGCCCGUACGAGUGGAACAAUCCCCAUCCGUGUCACGCCGGGCAGGAAGUCGUCGAGAACCAAUUCUCUCUAUCGAACAGCUUCUGGUUCACUAUCGGGACUCUCAUGCAGCAGGGCAGCGAUUUGAAUCCCAAGGCUACGAGCACGCGUAUCGUAGGUGGCAUAUGGUGGUUCUUCACUUUGAUCAUCAUCUCGUCAUACACCGCAAAUCUGGCGGCUUUCCUUACAGUGGAGAGAAUGAUCACGCCUAUAGAGAACGCCGAGGAUCUCGCCAGCCAAACGGAUAUCGCGUACGGAACCCUCGAUAGCGGAAGCACGAUGACUUUCUUCAGGGACUCGAUGAUCGAGACGUACAAGAAGAUGUGGCGAUUUAUGGAAAACAAGAAGCCAUCUGUGUUCGUCCCGACUUACGAAGAAGGCAUCCAACGGGUUCUUCAGGGCGACUACGCCUUUCUCAUGGAGUCAACCAUGCUGGAUUAUAUCGUUCAGAGAGAUUGCAACCUCACGCAAAUCGGCGGGCUCUUGGACACCAAGGGAUACGGAAUCGCCACACCUAUGGGCUCCCCAUGGCGGGAUAAGAUAUCUCUUGCGAUCCUGGAGCUGCAAGAGAAAGGCGAAAUUCAGAUGCUGUAUGACAAAUGGUGGAAGAGUCCCGGGGAUACUUGCAUGAAAACGGAAAAGGGAAAGGAGAGUAAAGCCAACGCUCUGGGCGUCGACAACAUAGGAGGAGUCUUUGUGGUCUUACUCUGCGGCUUGGCAUUCGCCGUGCUCAUAGCGAUUUUCGAGUUCUGCUACAACUCAAGGAGAAAUGCGCCGGCGGAACGGCCAAGGCCUCCGAUUUCGACGCCUCUCACCGGCUCUCUGCAGGGAAUUUCUCAGACCGUGCAGCAACAGCAGCAACAGCAACAACAACAAUGUCAGCAGUUGCAUCAGCAGCAGCAACAAGCGAGUCAACAGCAAGAGUCGCUCUGCUCGGAGAUGGCACGCGAGCUGUGUCGUGCUUUACGCUGCCACGCGUCGUCUCGACGACGUCGACGCACCUGCGACAAAUGCACGCACGUGAUCGGCUAUCCGCCGGAUAAUCCCACUGCCACUCCCAUAAACGGGAUGAGGUCACAGAGAAGCAGCCUGGCCGUACCCGUAGUCGAACUGCCUCCACACAUCCACCUGCAUCAUCACGCACCGCCGCACGAUUACAACGGCAAUUAGAGCUGUGAGACGUCUUCGUCGAGACGAAUCAACAGCGACACUAGUCAUAACCCAGGAACAAGUACAAAAAGCGUAUCAGGCAUCGUGAGAAGCGGCAAACGUCGACCCCCGUGUCGAAUCAUCCGUCAAGAAGCACGAGAGCGUUCACUUUUAGAUCCCGACGCAUUUUUGCACAAUAUCGCGGAAGCGUUGUCGACAUUUUACAAUCACGAAGAGAGCUUAAACUCAUUUAUAUAUCGAACGUGCGCCGCUUUUCCGCACAUUUGACAAAUUCGUCGAAAUUGACGCGAUGAAACGGCGUAAUCGAUGAAACGGUAAAACGACUCCGAAGUGGCCUCUGUCAUUCGCGAAUUUCGUACUGUUCGUCAGCCCGCAGGGCAUUGUAAUUAUUCCGACGCGAGAUCGAUAGUGUUCAUCGCUUUAUCCGCGAAAUUUUCGUGUACAUUGGGGUAACGUAACACGAGGCUACCCGGAAGGGACGCGAAAAAUUUUUAAUUAACGAAUUGCAACGAAAUGUAGUCAAGUUCCGGGGGAAAUUUCCUUAGGCACCGUGUGUGAUCGAGAUCGAUAUUCAGUUUAACCGGUUCGGAUAUUCGAAGGGUCUACGCUGUCCCCCGGGGAACUUCGGCGUAUUACAAAUAAUCGUUGUAAUAUUUUCGCUUGAGCGAUUUUUAGCAUACGUCGAGACCGACGGUUCUGUAAAGGGUUGUAAAAUUCACGAGAAAAUUCACGAUGUACAAAACGGAAAGGAGAAAUAGUACAUCUCUUUUUCCCAUGCUCCCCUCUCUCGAGACAACACGUAGGAAUUUUCUCGGUAAAUCGAUCUUGCUUCUGAAAAUUUUAUUUCUAGCGUAAACGGGUCUCGCUUCGAAAUCGGAUCUUGCGUUAUUGCGAAACGAUCGCCGCGAGUUAGCGGUCUGUGACGCUAAAGACGUUUAAUCAUACUUCGAUUGAUACGAUAUCGUUAAGAUCACUCAAGAGAUAUCACUUAAGAGAGAGUAGUACGCUGAACCUAGGGAUAGACGAUGAAAAAACCUUCCGUCCUACGUCCAGAGACGCAGCCAUCCGUUUAUAUCCACGAUGGUGAUCAACGAUGGCAUCCGCCGUUGAGCACGUUCACGCUACUCUCGCACGAGAUCCGACGUUCGAUCUAUGCACAGAAUGACGUUCGAACACGCCCUGUUAAUAAUAAUAAACGCGUUCUCUUACCACGAGAGACAACCGGGAUGCAGCGCAUAAAGUGUAAUAACCAAGGUACUCGCGAGGUGUUCUGUAAAUAUCGCCGCGGAAGAAACAAAGAGAGAGAAACGGAUGAUCGCAACGGGAGUAUUUUAUGCAAAAGUGGACGAGUGAGUAAUCGUUAGCGCUAACCGAGUACAACUUAGACGUUUGGUGUUAUGUAACGUGUGUGUUGUAUAUGCUGAUAGACGGCGAAUAAAUGUAAGAUGAGAGAACGGACGUAUCGUUGUCUUCUUGCUCCGCACCUAUUCGGACUGCUGAGACUAGAGAUGUGCGAAUCUAGCAUCUACGUGGUCGAAUCGAAUCUUUAAUAAUAUAUUCGCACACCUCUAUGUGGAUACGAUUCAAAUUAAGAGAUCCGAAAUAGCCCGGUAGACUGUGAGGUGCGAUCUAUGAGAAAAUGUGCAAUGUACAAAAAAAAAAACUCACCGAGGCGAAAUAUUUCCUCCUUCCCGAGGCAAGGAAACAUCUCAUUCGGUAAAUCGUCUCUUUUAUGAAAUUACAGAAAAUUAAUUUAUAGCAAAAGUUUAUCUACUAUUAUAAGCACACACAAGCGGAACAAUCAUGAAAGACGCAACGAACGAUACACAACAGAACAACAAGAAAUUUAAGAAAUACAUUUUCCGGACGACUCACGCAAGCUUAGAUCGGGUGGGUCGCAAAAAACAGGUACGACGCUCGGUUGCCUUUUUUAUAUAACAUCAUUUAUUAAGGGAUAAAAUAAAUGACAAAUAACAUAUCACUUAUAUGAAACUAUAAUAUUUCUUAGUGUUCAUUAUUCGUUAUGAUAUAAAAGAAAUCACAUCACAUAUACAACCCCCCGCGCAUACGGCGGCGAUCGCUCGGUCGCUCGAAUCCUCGCGUACACGACGCACGACGAUACGCGAACAGGAUGGGUCCAGCUGUCGUCGGGGGACGCGCGAAUGACCGGGGGAACCGCGAAAAGUUCCACGGUAUUCCCGGACGGGCCUCGAAGAGAAGAGAGGCCGAGCGUACUCGCGACCGGUCCAUGAUAAGAUUAGGCUACGACCGCGACGCUUAAUCGAAUCAACAUGACCGGGAUGUCACGGCGAGCUACGCGAGCGAGGAAUUCCCCGAGAUGUGUCCUCUCGACGAGGACUUUCUCGUCGUCGUCGUCGGUGAAACCGACAACUCCGAACACAGGACACGUCGUAUCGUCCGUACCGAGCAUUCGAGCGAGAGCGACUGCGCUGGCUUCAUUCAUAUACACACAGGGUGUCUCUUUAAUCGCACGUUGACGAAAGCAGGACGACGAAUGGGAUAAGGAAACGCCUCGAGUGCGCCGGAAUUAGCGUUCACGCAACACUUCCUUCUCGCGCUACCGGAUUCGCGUGAUCACGUACACCGUGCGAUCAAGAAACGCACCCGUGAGAGCAAUCCACUCGAUAGUCGCGGGGGUGGCCUGGUCAAAUCACUUGUAAUUAUCACACAAUCAUUCUCGACACGGUGGCAUGUACUAUUUUAAUAUGCUUUUGUGACUUUCGGAGGUGGACUCUCGGCUGUGCACGGCCCCAUGUACUCCCAAUCUCUCCUCCUCUCGCCCUCACCUCCUCCCUCCCUCUCUCCCACCGUUUCGGGGGAGCUGGCAAGCCCCCCUCGAAGACGGUUACACAACGAACUUAGAGCCGAUUCACAACGUCUAUAUACAUAUAUUUUUUUUGUGUUUUUUCUUGUGUUUUUUUUUUAAAUGCUUCACUCCGCCGCGCGCGUGCACCUUCUUACAUCCUCUCUCUCUCCGCCACCCAAUCUUCUCCUCUCUGUUCCCAUCGCUCAUCCACCUCCAGGAUUCUCACUAUACGCUUUACCGAGGCGUCGAAUCGACCCGAAAUCCCGACGCGCCUUGCCUCAUGUGUUCAAGAGAGAAACAGAGCAGUGGGUAAAAGCGCGACACGAUCGGACACAGGGCGCCUUGAGAGGAAUUCCUUCCGCUUGUCUUCUGUGAUAAAGUAGCUGCUCGAGCGAUACGCAUGUGAAAGAUGCCAGAAGAAAGUCGCGAAAGUCUCCGUCUUAUACUCGGAUGUAUGUUCGUAGCAUCUCGCAUGGGCUGUCACUCGCGGCGUGAUUUCGAGUUUCGCCGCAUGGGAAUAAAAUUAGUAUCAAUUCAAGUCUCAUACUCUCAUGGAUAAACGAAAAUAUUUAAUUUUAUAUGACGAUAAAACAUGGCAAAAUUAUGUGUAUGUAUAUAUAUAUAUAUAUAUAUAGUUUUACUAAAAAUAUCAUAUUCUUUUUAUUCAUUAAUAAUUUUCAUAAAUUAAAAGAGGAAAGUAUUAGAUAAAAAGAAACGAUAAUUUCAAAUUAAAAAUUGUAUCGGUUAUACUCUGCAAAUAAUGCUUUUUCCUCUCAAUUCGUAAAAAUUAUUCUUGAAUAACAAUGAUAUUUGUAGUGGAACUAUGUAUGGUAUUUCUUCGUAUAAGCAUGUUUCUUCAGUCUCUCCAUUUAAAUUUUAUCCUCAUACAAGAUUAUACAUACUUGCUUGUAAGAAUAUGAAUCUUGAGUUGAUACUAAUUUUUUCCCAUUUAGAGGAAUCGGAGGCUCCGUUCCUGCUCCUCGGUGUCCGAUCGCGCCGCGGAUUUUCCCCCCGGAGAAGCAUUCGUCUAGUACGCAUCGCACGACUUACAAUCGUAACUACGUAAAAAUCUCAAUCUCUUCCGCACUCUCUCUCUCUCUGUCUCUCUCUUUCCUCUCGUCAACCUAGUCUCUCUUCUUCUCCUCAUUCUCCCGCCGCGCCUCUCUAUCCGCUUAGGAUUAUCGCGAAAAUAUGAUUCGGCCCAGUGUGACUCGCCGCAGCGACAUUUGCGCACAGCUUCAACGAGGAUUCCGUUUAUAUAAAAUAAAAAAAGGAAAACGAGAACAAUAAAAAAAAAUGAUGUGGAGCAGGACGCUCUGUGUAAUCGUUAUCACAGCGUCCUCCUCUCGUUACAACGACGAUUCUCUUUCUCUCUACGAGCCUCGCGCGUAUAUUCCUCUUUUCUCUUGCCAUUUCUCUCUCUCUCUCUCUCUCUCUCCCUCUCUCGAUUACUAUAUUAUGAGAUCAAUCUGCGCACGGUUACCGUAAACACCACUGUUAUCGCUUCCGGUUGGAUCGCAUCACUGACUGGCGUCGAUUAAUUUGUCGCGAAGUUGAUUUCGCCGAUCAUAAAGCAAACAAUGCGAAUGAUGAUAAAAACAAAAUGGCGGGGAACGAAGAGAUUGAAUAAAAUAUGAUAGAACAUAGUAGAGAUUAGUCAAAAUAAUGGUAUUUGUAAGAGAAGCAUAAUAAAAUAGAUAAAAUAGAUAACGAGUGGAAUACACGUGAUACAGAAUAAAUAAAGAGCAGGAAAUGUACACGAGAAACGGGGAGGACGAGAGGCGAAAGUAAGAAACAGAAAAGGAGAUUUUAGGGAAAUAAAAAUGAAGAGACAAGAGAGAUAAAUGAAGGGGUAAUUGGAUCGCGAAGUCCGAGAAUUCGCGUGUCGUUAGUUUGAAGUUUUAAAUUGGUAAAAUUCCAUGUAAAAUCGAAUUUAUUUUUAUAAAACUGAAUUUUUUUUUUAGACGACAGAUGUAUGAGUACGCAGGUUUAUGUACGUGUAUCAGUAAUUCCAUUAAAAUCUGGCAAGUUGAGAUAGGUCUCGAUGCGUCGACACGAUUCUCGACGAAAACACGUUCCCACGUGCUGCGGAAUCACGCUAAACACGCGGAUCAUCAAUGGUAAUUAACGAAUUAAUUUCAUCAUCUAGCCGCGAUCGCACAGUGCGCCGGUGGAUAGGCACGCAUCGAGAUCUACAUCAACGCUUCCUCGGGACAGAAUAAAAGAGGAUUUUGUAGUCGGGAUAAAAUCAUAAUGAACGCCGCAAAUAAUUAAAAGCUACAACGCGUGAAGCGAAAUUGGGUCGCGCGAAAAUCCGAGCGUAAAGCGACUAAAACGAAAAAAACACACACGUGAGAAUGUCCCGGAGCGUAUCGGGCGUUCGCGAUUACUGCGGAGUCGAGUAUUGUGGAUGCCGUUUGUUCUGAUCCGGUAAAUGUGUCUCGUUCGAAAUAAUUUAUGCGUCGACAUAUGUGCAGUGAUUAAGAAAAAGAAAAAAGGAAAAACAGGAGUUCGAGCGAUCGCAACGUCGUUGUCUCGUACAUGUCUUUGGUUUCAACUUCGUAUACCUGUGAGCUCUCUCGCAUCGCGAACAUGCGCGCACCGGCCGAGAAUCUAAUUAGAAAUAAUCUACCGUAAGAUCCCAUGAUCGAUAUCGCGUUUUCGUCCGCGCUUGCUCGCCGUUGGCGCGACUCGACGGCGGCGCCGACGCGCUGUUCGACUUGCGAUUCACGAAUAACUGUACAAGAAAGCAAAGAAAGACACUGCCAAGGCGACGAUUCGCCAGCCGGGCAUCACGUCGUCGAUGGCGAUCGCUGUCUCCGUCGUGGAUAGGAAAAUCAGCGAGAGAAAUGUGCUCAGCCGACGAUACAUCUCAAGAAAACGAAAGACAAAGGAGGUACGUAUAAGAAAGAAAAAAAAAGAGAGAGAGAGAGAGAGAGAGGGG